AUGUCUGCACUGCAGUGGCUAGUCCCUAGAGGGCGAGUCAAUGAAAAAGCCGCCAUGCCACAACCACGCUUGGCGGCACAUGCGCCACCAGACAGAGAGUUGGCAAGGCUGAGCACCACCCCUUUUUCCGUAGAGAUCGAGAACACACCGCUCCCCCCUGGGUUUCAUCAACCAAAGUUCACACUCUAUGAUGGGAAGACUGAUCUAUAUAUGCACGUAAGCCACUUCCGGCAGAUUAUGGUUGGGUACAGACGAAACGAUGCGCUCAUGUGCCUUGUUUUUUCAUCAAGUUUGGGCGAGUUGGGCCUAAAAUGGUUUGAGAGGCUGCCGACGGAGAGCAUAGAGGGGUGGCAACAGUUGGUAGAGGCAUUUGUCACCAGAUUUAAGACAAACACCAAAACGCCCAAGGAAAUUGACCAUCUCUUGAGAGUAAAGAUGGAGCCAGGCGACUCUUUGAUGGUGUAUAACGUUAAGUAUUGGGAGACUUUCAACGAGAUCCUUGAUUGCCCAACCAACCUUGCAAUCACUCAAUAUAAGAGCGCUCUUCCAAUUGGACAUCGACUAAGAGACUCGCUCACAAUAAAUCAACCGUCGACCAUGGAAUUGCUCAUGCAACGCAUUAAUGAGCACAUUCGAGUCGAAGACGAUGCAGCCACAGCUACCAUGACCGUAAGUCCGGUAGUAGAGAACAAGAGGGUAGUGCGAAAGGUUCACACAGUCAGACAAGAUGAUGGCCAUGCAAACCACUAUGGAAGAGAUAUAGGGAGUUCAAUUUUCGGAAGACGUCUGUAA